AUGUCCUCUCGGAAGCUAGUCGCCUCCAAAACCCUCGAUGGCCAUACCGGCUGGAUCUGGGACGUGACCCCGUCGCGCAAUGGCGAACUCGCCUCCGUCUCCAACGACAUGACCAUCCGGCUCUGGAACACCAAGACCGGCCUUCAACGCGGUCCGGCCAAGGAUAACGGCCAUUCAAAUUGGGUCCGUGCCGUGCGCUUCUCCCCUAGUGGCCGCCUCCUGGCUACUGCGUCUGACGAUAUGACCGUUCGCAUCAGGGAUGCCAUCACUGGAUUCACUUACCGCACCCUGCAGGGCCACACAGGCAAAGUGCGCGUGGUUGAAUUUUCUCCCGAUGGAACGACGCUUGCGUCUGCAUCGGAUGACUUUUCCGUGCGAUUGUGGAAUGCGGGGGAAGGCUCGCUUCUCUCUAUUCUAGAGGGCCACUCUGGCUGGGUACGCGCCGUGGCUUUUGCGCCUGAUGGACAGACGCUCGCUUCUACUUCCGAUGAUCACUCCAUCCGUCUCUGGGAUACGGCGUCCGGAACGCAAAUUCGCUUGCUGGCUGGUCACGACUCUUCUAUCCGGGCGGUGUGCUUUUCCCCGGAUGGGAAGCUUCUGGUCUCGGGCGCUCAGGACAAGACCCUGCGCAUUUGGGAUACGACUUCUGGUGAUCUACUUGCUGUUCUGGAGGGUCAUUUGGGUCCGCUACGCUUCAUCACGUUCUCUGCUGACGGCCGCCUGAUCGCUACCGCGGCGGAUGACUUGACAAUUCGCCUCUGGGCAGUACAGUCAGAUUCACCGCUAGAAAUUUCUUGUAUUGGCGUUGUUACGGGCUAUUCGGGCUGGGUUCGGGUCAUCAAGCUGGAAAACGAUGGCAGCAUGGUGGUCUAUACUUCUGAUGACAUGACUAUCAAGAUUUGGGAGUCGGCGUGA